GAGGACUUCCCCAUUUUGGCUCAACACCUCCGGCUGCUAUGUUUAGCUGUUAGCUGUAACAGCGAGGCUUCAGCUUGUCUACGUUUAUUUUUACGGCUUUCCUUUUUACUUUCAGCAAGCACAGAGGUGUUUCGUAGUACGGGGUUGAAUCUCAACCUUAAAUGGACGGAGAAGACGACGACUUUAUGUCUGGCAGCCACUCCGAUGAUGGGGGGGGCACUCCAGUUCAGGAUGAGCAUGCGGCAUCAGAUGGCGAGGAGAUGAGGAGUGACCGGCACCAGUCGGAGGACGAGGGCAGUAAUGAUGAAGAUGCUUCACACACGAUGGAGACCAGUGGGGCCAUCAGCGGCUCAGACAACGAAGACCAGCGGGGGGGUGGAGCCAGUGGCUCAGACAACGAAGACCAGCGGGGGGGCGGAGCUAGUGGCUCAGACAACGAAGACCAGCGGGGGGAUGGAGCCAGCGGCUCAGACAAUGAAGACCGGCGGGGGGGCGACAGCGACUCAGAGGGCGAAGCGCCACGAGAACAUGACGACAAAAGUGACUCGGACGUGGAUGUACCGCGGCCCGUCGACAGCGACGACGACUCUCCGGUCAAACGCAGGACGAGUGCAUCGGAGGAUGAGGAAGAUUCGCCGGCGAAACGCAGGAUGAGCACAUCGGACAACGAGGAGUCAGCGAGCAAACAUGACGCUUCCGAUAACGAGGAGGGGUCGUCUCCCGCCAAACGCAGGGGAAGUACGUCAGACAUGGAGGAAGGGGAGGAGAGGCCCAAAGUGGGCGGAGACAGCGACUCUGACAACGAAGACGCCAAAGCGGCAGCGUCACCAGAACGGCAGUCCAACGCCGACAGUGACUCUGACAGGGCGAUGCCGAGCAGACGCAAGGCAGCACAGAUAGACUCUGAUGAAGAGGAGGAGGCGGGCAAGUGGAAGGCUGUGAUGCAGUCCGACAGCGACGAUGAGGACGAAGGCGGGAAAGCCAAAGCUGCAGCAGGAAGUGAUGGAGAGCAGGAGACGCAGCAGAGGGACAGCGACGAGGAAGACGACAAACCAGUUAAGAGGAAGAAGGCCAUCCUGUCAGACAGUGAAGACGAGGAUGAGGAGAAGACAGAAAAACCAGCAGCGAAGAGGAGUCGAGCCGUGUCGGACGAUGAUGAGAACUCGGACAGUGACGCCUCCGUGGGUCCGGAUAAGAGCCUCGCUGCCAAACUGAGAGAACUGGGCUCAGCCAGCGAGGAUGAGGAGGAGGACGACAGGUCAAAGGUCACGGCAGGGAAGAAGGAUGAGAAGGCACUGUUCGGCAGUGACAGCGACUCUGGGGAUGAUGAGGAGGAGAAGAUGAUUGCAGACAUCUUUGGUGAGUCUGGAGACGAGGAGGAGGAGGAGUUCACGGGUUUCAACCAGGAGGAUCUGGAGAGCGACAAGAAGGAGGCCAAGCAGCAGCUCCACCAGCAGGAGGAGGAGUCCGACUCUGAUGAAGGAGUGGACCGCAGUGGACAAGAUAUGAGUUUCAUGUCGGACUUCGACAUCAUGCGCCGGAGAAAAGCCAUGAACAGUAAGAAGAGGCGGCACCGCGAUGGAGGCACGUUCAUCAGCGACGCCGACGACGUGGUCAGCGCCAUGAUCACCAAGAUGAACGAAGCCGCCGAGGAGGACCGAACCCUGAACAGUCAGAAGAAACCAGCGCUGAAGAAGCUCACACUGCUGCCACAGGUCGUUAUGCAUCUGAAGAAGCAGGACUUGAAGGAGACAUUCAUCGACAGCGGUGUGAUGUCAGCCAUUAAAGAGUGGAUCAGCCCCCUCCCUGAUAAGUCCCUGCCGGCCCUCAGGAUCAGGGAGGAGCUGCUCCGCAUCCUGCAGGAGCUCCCCAGUGUGAGUCAGGAGACGCUGAAGCACAGUGGGAUUGGACGGGCCGUCAUGUUUCUGUACAAACAUCCCAAAGAGUCUCGAACCAACAAAGACCUGGCGCUCAAACUCAUCAAUGAGUGGUCGCGGCCCAUCUUUGGCUUGACGUCCAACUAUAAAGGGAUGACAAGGGAGGAGCGUCAGCAGAGGGAUCUGGACCAGCAGAUGCCUCAGAGACGACGUUUAAGUCAGCCUCAGAAGGUGGAGAGGUCGGAGGAACCCGACGUCUUCUCUCCACCAAUCAGGUUCAUUCGGUGUGGACAGACGCCUCGGAGAGACCUGGAGAAACAGCUGACCGGAGAAGAAAAAGCUUUGAGACCUGGAGACCCUGGGUUCUGUGCCCGGGCCCGGGUACCGAUGCCCUCCAAUAAAGACUAUGUGGUUCGACCCAAAUGGAACGUAGAGAUGGAGUCCAACAGGGGUCCGGUGAAGAAGGGCUUGUCCCGCGUGGACAAACAGAUGCGUAGAUUUGCAGAUAUCCGCCGCCUGACGAAGACUGGUCACGCCGUUAAAAUCAGUGUGGAAGGAAACCGGAUGCCGCUCUGAUUUUAACCUCAUUAGGAUUUACUCAGUUUUUUUCUUAUUAAAGUUUUUGUUCCUAACCCCCCUCCCCUUUGGACAAAAAGUGUCAAAUGUACUUCAGAAUGAUCAGUGGAAUAAAAAAAUGACUAAAUGUA